UCUUUCAGUCUGUGCUCACAGCAGAGCUGCUGCAGCCCUCUGAGUAUCCUCCUGGCCCUGCUCUGGACGUGCUCCAGUAUCUCCGCAUCCCUUUUGUUCCAGGGGCUCCAGAACUGGAUGCAGUACUCCAGGCGGGGUCUCAGCAGAGCAGAGGGGGAGAAUCACCUCCCUGGCCCUGCUGGCCACACUUCUCCUGCUGCAGCCCAGGCUCUGGCUUUCUGGUCUGCAAGGUCUUGUUGAGCCCCAUGAGGUCCAGAGUAGUUGAACCUCGUUUAUACCAAAUACACUGUGCUGUGUUAACACAGCCUGCUCUUACCUGCCCCUCCACUCAAGCAUGACAACACACUGAUUCUUUAAGUGGAAGGUGAAUUUUAAGUCUCUAAGUAAUGUCAUAAACCAAAUACUUCUAUGUUGAAAACUACCCUAUAGGGGAUGUAUAAAGAAAAUGUAAAUGCUACACAAAUGAAUGUUUUCCUUCUCCCACUAAAGCUGCCUUGCAUUAGAUAAUUACUUGAAGCACUCAUGUCACGUUUAAUGACUAAGUUACUGCUAUAUGUGUUUAAAGAUGGAAUAAUUAAUCUGGUGUGUUUACUUUUAAUUAGCAUUCUUCCCAUCCAUCCUCCACACGUUCUUCAAGAGCAGGGAGGGGCUCCUUUUCGGGUCAGGAACGGGAAGAAGCUGUCUCAGUGGGCACUGCUCAUCAGCUAUGAAGGUGAAAAAGUCCGUGGCUUGUAUGAAGGUGAAGGAUUUGCAUAUUUUGAAGGGGGAAAUACAUAUAAGGGCAUGUUUUCUGAAGGGCUUAUGCAUGGACAAGGGACUUACACAUGGGCUGAUGGAGUGACAUACGAGGGCACAUUUGUUAAGAAUGUGCAGAUGCUUAGUGGCCGUUACACAUGGAAUGAUGGCAGCGUUUAUGAGGGAUCCAUCAAGAACGGAGUUAGACAUGGAUUUGGAGUUUUCAGAAGUGGUACUCGUCCUGUUUCUUACGUUGGCUAUUGGUGUAAAGGCAAAAGACAUGGCAAGGGUACCAUUUAUUAUGACCAGGAACAUACUUCUUGGUAUUCAGGUGACUGGGUAAAUAAUGUCAAAGAAGGAUGGGGAAUGAGAUGCUACAGGUCUGGAAAUAUCUAUGUAGGUCAGUGGGAGAAAAAUGUUCGUCAUGGAAAAGGGAAAAUGAGAUGGUUGACAGCUAAUCAGGAGUACGUGGGACAGUGGGUGUAUGGCAUACAGCAUGGUUAUGGCACGCACAGAUGGCUUGUGAGGAGAAUGCCUGUGUCUCAGUAUCCUUUAAGGAAUGAAUACCUGGGUGAUUUUGUAAAUGGGGAGCGGCACGGCCACGGGAAGUUCAUAUACGCCAAUGGAGCAGUGUAUGAUGGUGAAUGGGUCAGUAAUAAAAAGCAUGGCAAGGGCAAGUUUGUCUUCCAGAAUGGUCAUGUUUAUGAGGGAGAGUUCAGAGAUGAUCAUAUAGCAGAGUAUCCUUUCCUACUGGAUGCAAUGAAUGCGAAAGAGCCGAGUGCCAUUUGCCCAGGAAGUCAUUUUGCCAGUGAAAAUAUCACAGUCAUGAAUGGCUCAGAAAAUACUUCAGUUCUGAGAUUAAUUGUUGAGUUGGAUAUAACCUCACUGCUUGCUUUGUUGCCAAGGGAAGAGAGACAUGAAGAACUGAAACAGGUAGAAUUUGCUGUGUUGAGGCAUAUCUCAGAACUGAGAAGAGUUUACACCUUCUACAGCAGCUUGGACUGUGAUCAAUCUCUUGACAACGUGUUCCUCAUGACUAAGCUCCAGUUUUGGAGAUUUCUGAAGGAUUGUCAUUUUCAUCACUCCAAACUAACUCUUGCUGAAAUGGAUCGGAUAUUGAGCGGUGAUAAAAGACCAGCUGAGAAGAUACAUUGUCCACAUGAGACUCUACUGUUCAGAACAUUUUUGUCUCACCUUGUUCAUCUAGCAUUUCAUAUCUAUCAUGAAGAGCACAAAGAGAAAGGCCCUUGUCUGAGUAAGUGUUUCUCAAGUAUGAUGUCCAGGAAUGUUCUUCCCACUGCCUGUCAUACCCAAAGUAUCUUCUUUUCUGAAGAGCUACCUGCAGUUUUUGCCAUGAGCUACCUUGACAAGUGCUGGGAAAUGUACAGAGCUUUUUGUAGACCAAGUACCAGAUCUCCGUUUGAACCCACCAUGAAAAUGAGGCACUUCCUUUGGAUGUUGAAUGAUUUUAAACUUCUCAGCAAACAACUAACUGCCUCAAGAGUUGUGGAAAUACUUGUCAGAGAUGGUCCCUCUCUACAUGAUAGCAGUAGCACCAACCUGGAGUCAGAGAUGGUUUUUCUUGAAUUUGUUGAAGCCCUUCUUGGUUGUGCAUCAGUGUACGUUACCAGUGGUAUGCUUAAGGAGCAAGCAGCUCAUGAUAAUCAGAAAAGCUUUAGAACCAAGAGUGUCUCUGAGGAAACCACAAACGUGUCUCUGAAUUCAGAGUAUUUUCUCUCCCAGCCAUUGGGAUCUUGUGAAGACAAAGGACAUCCUCUUGAAGAAUUUUUACUGGAUGAACAAAAAGAAGGCAGAACUGAGCAAGAGGAGGAGGAGGUUAGUCUGAGGAUGCGUCAGGUGCAGAUAUUUUUUACAACUAAAUUAUUUCCUGCCUACCAGCAUGAAAAAAUGCUGAGGGAAAAAGUAAAAGAGAAUCGAAUACGGGAUGCUGAAGCUGCUGAGCUGAGAAAGAUCAAGGAUGAGGAGCUGGCAAAACUUAUUGCUGAAAGAGAAGCAGAAGAGGCAAAAAGACGAGAAGCAGCUGCAGUGGAAAACAUCUCUGACUCCAAGGCUGCAGGUUUUAAGGAGGCGGAGAAGCCUGUCACACCCCCUCCAAAGGAAGAGGCACGCAGUGUAGCAGCCCCAGCUGCUAACAAGGUGCCUGCUGGCAAAAAGAAAAAGAAGAAAUAAAUCUUCUGCUGAGAACUGCUGAAACUUCAAUUCAGUUAAGUUUCAUAUUGGCACUUACUACCAUGUGACCCUCUGGAACGAGCUGUGUGUGGAAUAUAUACUCAAAAACAUGUACUCCUCCUUCCCAACUUGUGUCCUUGAGGGAGGAAGUAGCAGCACAUGACAGUAAACAAGAGCUACCUUCCAUAGUGUUGUAGAUUUCCUGGCAUUUCAGCACGUAUUGGAGAAUCUCUUCCUGCUAACUGAAGUGAAAAAGAACACACUUAAGAAAAAGCAGCUUAGAGGUAUUCUUCUGUUACGUUCUGUGGACUGUCUACACCAAGUUCAAAGCAAACCAUUUGCAGAAGAUAUCCUGAAGAUAGAUACUCUACUCUGUGUAACAUGAAGCAAGUAAAACUAAAGCAUAGAAGAUGCUUGGUAAGAGAGGGAAUUUCAUUUUGCAUUUACUGAUUCUAAAGUUUCAGUUUAUGGAGCUUUUUAAUGGAGAAAGGAUAACUAAGUCCAUGUGGUCUUAGGGCGUUUCAUGCUGCAUUUAGCCAACAAGCUGAAGGGAUUAAUUUGCAGUACUGAGCAGUCAGCAGGUAUCAGCAUUCAGUACACUCCCUACCACCUCCCCAUAUCCAAGUUAAGGAGCAAAUACUACUGACUGCUGUGAAAACAACACACCUCUCAAUUCCUAAACUAAAAUUUAAGGAGGGAUUAUCUCUCCCCUCCUCUUUGGUAUUUUAGCCCCAAGUGGUACCAGAUAAACAGAAAAUGAAAGGAGAGAAACCAACCCAAAUAAAAGGCAGAACUAAACAACCCAGAACAAAUCCUACUUAUCAUACCUCAGGCUCCAUGUGCCUUGGAAACAGAGAUGUUGUGAGAUACUUGUACAGAAUUCUCAUGUCGUCUUGUUCCAGUCCACUCCUACAAGAUCAGGGAGGAAAUGAAACACAAAGGAUGUUUGCGCUGCCAUUUUCUGCUAACUGAAACUGAGGCAAAGCUUGUGCCAAAGCAGGGUAGCAACAUCUCAGUGCCUCAGCAGAUUAAAUCCCAGAACACUCAUUUCUAACAAAAUGUUUAUUUGGUAAAUACAAAACACAUCUAAAACAUCUAUAAACCAUUAAGAACAACAUUUCAAUAACCAAAGAUGAAUUCUGCUGUACCUAAGUCCAUUUUAAAAGCAAAACUCUUCAGAAGCAGUGCAACUUGCUGCUUCACAACUAUAUAAAGAGUAAUUCUUUAAGUAACCUUCUAUGCUAAAAGUCCUGCAAGAGGAACUUGUGUAUGUGCACAGAGUCUCUUCUGAAGGAAACGUUAAAGACACUUCUCUAGCAACUCCUCAGGCCAACUUCAAAGCAAUCACUUGGUACAGAUGAGAGACUUUUAAAGCUGAAGAUCCAUACCUUUCUUAUGCAUCAGUCAUCCUACCAUUUAGUUUUCUCCUUUUCAUGUAACUCUUUCACUGAGUCAGAAGCUUUAUUAUUAUGACAUUUAUAGGCUGACUAAUUGAAGACACACAAAAGAAUGAUUUUAGUACCUACCAAAUCAGCUGGUCAUUGUAGAGAAAUGCAGUAUACUUGACUAUGUUCAGGCUUUCUUCCAUCCUAUUAAUAAAUGACUGAAUUUUCAA